GCAUUUUGCGCUGCACUGUGCAGCAUGCAUGUGUAUGUGUGUGUGUUUGCAUUUUAAGCUGUUACUAUUUGCUGUAGAGAUGUACAUGCAGUCCGCCUACCUCAGCAGCAGAGGUUAGCUGCCUGAGACGUGCACACACAGAAAUUUUGCAGCUGCAUAUCGAGAGAAGGAAUUGAUUUGCUGCAUAUUAUUGGGGAAUUUAUUAUCUCGGUGCAUACAACUGCAUGUUAAAGAAAACCCAACGAGUGCGUGCAGCAGGCUCGCCCGGGGAUUUACAUGGCGAAUCUAGACUCAAUUGUUUUAGACUUGGAUGAUACAACUGUGUUGGACAUGUGGUAAUGUUGACCAUUCAGGAAAUGACCACACCAGUGACAGUCUGUGUUAGAGGUGUGCGAGCUUAACUAAGGGAGUUGUUGAUAAGGAACCUAUACUACUGCUCCGAGGAUCUUGGAGGGUUUGUCUGUGUGUAUAUGAUGGUAUGUCGGUCUGGACUGUAUUGGAUUUUAAAGCUGUACCCUAGUGAUUGUAAUAUAUUGGACAGCGUGUGUGUGUGUGUACAGUGCAGUGCACAGAGUCAUUGAGGUGCAUCACUUGUUAUGUAAUGUAAGUGCUGUGUGCAUUGUGAGGAGCUGGCGGAGUGUAGACAUAUACAGAGUAUUGAUACCUGUCUACAGGCAGUGCCUUAGAGGCCUCACCUGGAGAGAAAAAGUUUACUGCAUGAUAACACAAGGCUGAGUGUGUCUGCUUCAUCAUACAGACAACUACAAUCUACUACGAUUGUAUACAGCUCACAGGGGAACUCUUUAAGGUGGAGUUGAGGAUACACCACAGAUUCCCUCAAAUUACACAACUGACUUACUCAUAGGAGCGGUUUUCAUGAAACAUAUACAGGUGACCAUGCCGGCUCGAGACUUCAAAAAAAAAGUUUUGAGUACCGACUGCUGCACAUGUGCAUAUCCGUAAACAAGGGCAGUUUUUGAACAUGGGCGUUCAAUUAUUAUACGCACAUUUUUCAUCUUUUACAAAUGUUGGGACUCUUCUCGUUAAUGGGCUAGCACUUUGUGGAUUUAUUUAUAUAUUUUUGAGAUUCUGUUCGUGUUGAUGACGAUCUAUAGGUAUUUGCGAUGGUGACGCUAUACUGACAUGUACGAAGAUGUACAAUCAUGGCUACAUCUCAUUUUUAGAUAAACUUUGAUUAUGUUAUAUGUGUACCUGCGUGAAAAAUCUUCAAAUGCAUUUUUCGUGAAAGAUUAUAAACCUUCGAGAAGCAUCAUGGCUCAUCAAUUUGUUUUGAAAUUGUGAACAAAGUCGAUGGGAUAUUAAAAUUCUGAUCCAUAUAUAUGGAAUAGAAGGACAUAAUAUAAGAAGAAUAUGUAAAUGCUGAUAUUAUGGAUUAUGUGCUCAAUAUAAAUAUAUCUUCAUAUCCGUUAUAUUUUUAAUAAAAGUAGGCAGUGACGUAUUACUUUUUAAGGAUGUAGAAUUUUCUCAAUGCCCUUUUGUCUGUCUUAGUUUAUUGAACCCUAAAAGUUGUAAAAACCGGUGUGUGAUCAUGGUGCUGAGAUUUCAAAAUAUGAAUACUUUUGUUUCGUUUCCACUUACAACUUAACACCCGUUAAUGAAAUGAUCACGUUAUGAAAUUCACGCUGUUUAAUUCAGGUUCGUAGUGCAAUGUGCAUGCACGAAUGUGUUUUGCCUACCAGGCGGAUGACAGGUUAGAUAAAACUGCAGUGACUCGUGAAAGGUUGGGAUGACUCGUGGUUGCGGGCAGUAACCUCUGUGUUCACCCCUCUGUUGCCCUGCCAUGUUCUAACUACUGACGAUGUAGAGUAUUUUGUAACCUACUGCCAUGCGAUGGACCCAUGGUUUGAGAAUUUCAAGAUAUUACUGACUUAUUGGUUGAUGUCUACAAACAGGGACAACGCGAAUCUCAACAUGGCCGACACGACAGUGAGCUCACCUCCCUCGCAGCACUACAGCGACCACCUCCAGCCACACCUAUCCAUGCCGCCGCCGCCGCCCCAGGGGCAUAGCCACAUGGGGCCCAUGGGACCCUCGCCUCCACAGACCAGCAUGUCCCGGGGGGUCGGGGCUUACAGCAUGCCCCCAGCACCACUCAACACACCGAUGCCUCAACCAACACAGAGCACGAAUUGCCCAGUGAACAGAGGUUUGUUUCUGGGACAUAGUUGGACAGACUCACAUCAAUCUUUAUCUAAAAACAUACAAGACUCCCUAGAGGGACUGCGCUUGAAACACAGAGUACCGGUACCAGGCCCCGAAACCAGAGCAGGCUGUUUGUCGGACUUUUCCGACGUCAAUUUUUCCUGCAGUUUCCUACCAAAUCUUUUGAGACUUGACUUGCCCCUCCAUGGCUCAAUACCCGAGACAACGACGUCCCAGUCCCAGGCGGUGUCUAGUACCUGUGACUCUCAGCCACAUGGACUAAACUCACCUUCUAAUGGGAUUCACUCCCCUCAGCAACAGAAUCUGCCUGAAUCAACGACCAACCCUCCUGUCGACCGGAACCACCUGUGUCCUACCUGCUCAAAGGGCUUUAAAAGCAAACAGCAGCUGGCGCAGCAUAGUUUGGUCCACUCGGGAAUCAGGAAGUAUGUCUGUUCAUACUGCGACAAAGCCUUCAAGCAGCUGUGUCACUUACAGCAGCACACACGUAUACAUACAGGAGAAAAACCCUAUAAGUGUUCAUUUGAAGGUUGUGAUCGGGCUUUCGCACAAAUGGCAAAUCUCCACCAUCAUAUGCGUAACCACGACGACCAUUUAAAGAAGGCAGCGACAAAACAGUACCAUUGUAUGAUAUGUCAUAGGGCUUACACAAAUGAAAGCAGUCUCAAAUCCCACACUCUCAAGAUGCAUGUUCAUAUCAAACCAUUAGAACAAAGAAUUACGGGACUGCCUACAAAACCUAGGAAACCCAGACAGCCCAAGGGGAAAGACAGUACGUCACCUGUGAUGGCAAUUGAUCUCACUUGUGAUGAUGGCAGCGACAACAAAGUAGACAUUUUCAGUCGAGUGCAGAACGACAGUAAAGUCGACAUCUUUAGUCGCGUCCAGGCUCUACAGAGAAACGAAGACUUUUCCCGCAUAAACUCUUUCCAAAGGACAGAUUUUCAGAGAUCUGAUAGUUUACAUAGAGAUGAUUUUCGUAGGGUCGACAAUUUACAGAGAGCAGACAGUUUUCCGCGUAAUGAAGCUUUACAAAGGGCAGAUAACUUUCAAAGGGCAGAUAACUUAUCACGAGAUUUACAACGCGGAGACAGUCUCCAACGUGAAUCACUUCAUCGGUCGGAUAGCUUACAAAGACUUGCCGGACUCGACUCGUCCUUACAGCUUCGGACAGAUAGUCGCCAACAACAGCACUCUUUAGGAAUGUCUGCCAAUUCCCCGAUAUCCCGGGUGAUACCAAAUGUACCAAGGUGCAUGACGUUGUCGGAUCGGCUCACAGACACACCAACAAACAACAAGAACUUGACUGCAUCAGACCUUCUCCAUCCGGAGACUUCAUCAACGCGUUCAGACUUGCAGCAAAGUCUCCCUGCUCAUUCUAAUGUUGAUCCGCUUGCGUAUUAUCGGCAGUCACCUUACAACCUUCCGCCACACAUCUCCCACGCUCACCUACCCAUGCGGAUUCCGACUUCGCUUUCCCCGUUUACACAGAUGGGUGGUGGCCUGGAGUCUGCAGUUGCAACGAGUAAUGCAUCAGUUUUCUCCAAUUUACAAGAAAUGAUGUCGUCGCAGCAUACUCUAUCGACAGCCAAUCACAUGUCAGUAAAUUCACCGACCGCUUCGUCACCACAAAGGCUCACUAAUUGAUUGUGUUAAUGAUUUACAUUUGUUCCUUGGUUUCGCUGCAUUGUAUGACUAUACGUAACUAUCAACUAAAACAAUGGCAAUAGUUUUCCUUUUAAAUAUAAACUGGAAAAUCAGGAAUGCUAGUACGAACUCAUUUCUUGUAAUUAUGUAUAAAACUAUGCACAAAUCUGAAGUUUGUGAAACAUUCUGGUCAGAAAUAAUUUUGUUUAUGACUAUGUGUAGUAAUUAACUGUUGUCUUGUUCAAUGUCAUUAUUAUAAUGAUAAUUGAUAAUUAACAUAUAGCAGUUAUCAUUUUUAAUUAAUGGAAAAGCUGAAAUGAGUUCUCCGAACAUUUCUGAUUUACCAGUUAAUUUCUAAAAUGAAUGAUAACAAGGAGCAUUAUUUUUAGAUACUUUAACUGGUAAUUAAACAAGUUCUAUUUUCAAAAUCUUAAGGGUCCCGUGGUACCACUGUCAAAAACUGUAACUUCACAUUUGAAUCUGAUUUUUCUAGUUGACCAUAGCUUUGAUAAAGCCUUUCUGAAAUGGAUACCAUACCUUGCUAGUCAUUUAUGAAAAAAAUGAUUAAGAUGGGAAAAAAACACAGUAUAAUAUCAGCAGCAGUGUUUUGAGUGUAAAAUUUCAGUGGGGCUAAUCUGGGAUUCGAACCCCGGACUUCACAUUAUCAUGCCAGUGCUUUAAUCAACUGAGAAACCUGGUCAACAGAAGUGUCCUAGUGCAACUGUGCAGCAGUUAUAGCCAAAACGAAAUUAAGGAAAGGUUCCAAGGUUAUACUUGUAUUCGAAAAACCACAGUGCAGUGGAUUAUGAAAAGUUCUUUUUACACAACCAGUAAGAGUUUGUGUAAAGAGAACUUUUCAUAAUCAAUACUUGCCAACCUGAAGAAAAUGUUUAGACACAGUACAGUGGGACUGGGUCCUAAAGGUCUUAACCCUUUCACCACUGUAGACCAUAAUGGAAUCAUCCAGAUCAAUGCAUGGUAGAGUCUACUUAAUUAAGUUACAUACCUGUAGGGGUGAAAGGGUUAAUUUAUAGAUAACUGAUUUGUAAUCAGAUGUUUUGAUCAUUGCUGUCAAGUAACGUUAUGUAGUUCUGUACAGAAAACCCAGGCAUUUUGGAUUAGGAAAUUCAAAGUAAUUCAUGAUGUAGGAUGGGAAAGAACUCCAGAACGUUUUCUUGGUGCACUGCCCGUCUUCUAAAGACUUGAGAGAAAGCCUGUCGAAGGUAUGGUAUAGAUUCACACUAUUGCCAUGUUAUGUGAUAAAAGUUUUUAUAUAAUAUUGUAUACUUGUUCAAUGCUUUUACAGGGUUUCACAGUAAAGAAAUUCUGAAUAUUUAUAAUGUGAAAUGUGCUUACAUUAAUUUUGUUUAUGUUUUUUUUUGACAGAUUUCUUUUUAAUAGAAUAUCUGCAUAUUUUAUGAAAAUUGUGCUUAUAUAUUUUUUGUUCAAGAUUUUGUUUCCUCCUUUCUUUCUUGUUCAGAAGUUAUUUUACAUAAAUCAUAGAUUAAGAAUGUGUGUGUCAUUCGUGUAAUUGCUGUCUCUUAAUUGCUAUAGAUAAUUUGUGUAGGUCAUGUGAUUAGGUGUUAAAGGUCAUGUGCAAUAUGUAAAUACUGUCAGUCAAGGGUCAUCAUUAAUAGGUCAAAGGGCAGUUUGAUUACUUCAAAGCAUCCAGCCUUUCAUUUUUUUUUAAUUUGUGUGAUUAAAAUAGACAUAUUUAGUAUUGUUUGGGCUGAGUAAUUAUAAUUUUUGCUAUAGAAUAUAAUUUUCACAAUUCAAACCAAAAUUCUGAAAUUUUGUAUUAUUUUAUGAAAAGAAAUAUAUUUUAAAUAAUCUCAAAUUUACUGCACUGAACACAUAGUAAAGGGAGAUAAUUAGGUUCUUGGUAUGAGGGUAAUGAGUUUAAAGUUAUAAUAUCAGGAUUAUAUGCUUUCUUGCUUGAUGAAAUAGAGAUUCUUUUAUUGAUAAGAUUGUAUAGUUCCAAUAGUGAUUAAGGAAUUAGGUUUCUAAAGAGGAUGAAAACAGCAUUCAUAUUGAUUUCAAUGACAAUUAUCAUAAAAUAUAAGUUUCAUGUAAUAUUUUUUCCACAGCAUAUUUGCUUUAACCCUUUCACCACUGUAGACCAUAAUAACUCAUCCCAAUAAAUACAUGGAAGAGUCCACUAAAGUAAGGGGUGAAAGGGUUAACAAUUUGUAGAUGAUUGUAUAUCUAUAGUUUUGCUUUCAUCACCGAGCCAAUUCAUUGUAGUUGUAUAUAGGUCCCCCCUUAACUAUUGUUCUCUAGAUAUCCUGUCUGUGAUAGGUGUCUCCUUUGUAAUCCUACUAGUUCUGAAUGGCUAAAUCCUGUUGAUCCGUCUUCUGUGAGGCUAUAUUCCUUGCCAUUCUCUUUGGUUUAGUUAUCUUGUAUGGCAAUCUUUAUGCUGUUUUACUAUAGUUCUGUGGCUUAACCAAUAACACAAAUUUAAGCAAUGUUACAGUGGCAUAGUUGCAUAAGAAUAAUAUUUUUCGCUAUAAUGCUAAUUCGGCUUUUUCCUGGUUUUUAGGUAAUUGAUUUUUUCUAAAAUCAAAGAAUUUCAUGUAGAUGAAAAUUUAAAACUUUUCUUAAACUUUGGUUUUAAAGCAAUGCCAUUCCUUUGCGAAAGAAAAGCUUUUAAAAAAUAGUAUAGUUGAAUAGAAUGUUAAUAUCAAUGACGCAGGUUUGUAGAAAACAGUUAAGAAAUAUUAUCAAUGAAGUAAUAUUAACAAGGUAUUAUUAAUAUAAAAUAUAUAAUGAGGUUAUAUUUAUGAGAUUAUAUUAAUGGGUAAUACUAAUGAAGCAAAAUUAAUGAGGUAACAUCAAAACAUUAAUAUCAAUGGUGCAAUAUUUAUAAAAAGAUUAAUGGGGUAAUAUAUAUGAAUAUUGAUGAGAUAAUACAAUAAAUAUUAAUGAUAGAAUAUUUUGAUAGAGGAAGUGAUAUUUAAGAGUUAACAUCAAAAAAGUGAUAUUGAUGAAGCGAUAUUAACAAGAUAUCAGGUUAAAGGAUAAUAUUUUUAAGGUAAUAUAGAUGAAAUCAUAUUGUUGAUGAGGUGAUAUUAGUGAAUAAUAAUGAAGCUUUAGUAAAGAGUAACAUUAAUAAGGUAAUUUUAAUGAGGUUACAUUAGUGAAUAUUAAUGAAAGAAUCUUAAGACUUAAUAAUAUUGAGAUUAUUUCAACAAGUUGAUUUUAAUGCUUUUUAUCAUAGUACUAAAGUUUCACAACUCUUCCCCUAUGUCUAAAGUUUUCCAUUAUUGUUUAAAACCUAUAUAUGUGUUUGCGGAAAUUUAAUUUUAACAUAACAUUAGUUAAUAUUAAUGAAAGAAUGUUAAUUAUAAGGCUUAAUAAUAUUGAGAUUAUUUUAACAAUGUGAUUUUAAUGCUUUUUUAUCAUAGUACUAAAGUUUCACAUCUUGUCCCCUAUGUCCAAAGUUUUCCAUAAUUGUUUAAAACCUGUGAUUGGAUUUUUUUUUUUUUAUUAAUAUGAUGUACGUAAUUCCUUAGUGCUUUUUUGUUGAAAUAGAAUGAUCUCAAUGAAAAUAUAAAAGAAACGUAUGAUUCAUUUUAAUAUCAAUGUGUUUUGAAAUAGUUGUUUUUUCUUGUUUAUUAAUCAAUCACAAAUUUAUCGGUAUGAUAAAUUUCAUAUUUUAAAAGUUAUAUUAUCAGUUGCGAACGCUAUAUAUCUAAAGUAAUGUUCAUGUAUUCAGAAAUAUUUUUCUAAAGACAGAAAUCAUGAUGAAAUUGCUCACACAACAAAUGCAAAAGCCACGCUGAGCAGCUACGAAAGAUUUCCCUCAAUAUGGUACCAUAGAUGAAUGCUAUGUGUCCUAUUUAAAUCAUGUAUAUUAUCAACAAAUACUAUUUAUCUGUCAGGACUAGGUAAUCUUCCUAACCAUUAUUUAAAUGUUAAAUAAAUGACAGAUCCAGCAUAAUAUUGAAGCAUUUACUCAUUUCUGAUAGAAUGUUUUCUCUAAUAAAACAUGAAGGUAUGUAAAAUGCUCAAAUUUCAACAUUUUACUUACAGUAAUUAGAAUACAGUUUUGAAGCUUCUUAUUUUAAUCUCAUUUUUAAAAAGAGACUCACUGUUAAGAUUGAUGUUGUCACAUUAAAAAAAAUAACACACUUUCAAACACACCUUUCUCUGAAAUCUAUGUCGCUGUAAAUAACCUUUCUGAAAUCUUUGUUGCUGUAAGCACUGUUUCUGUGAUAUCUGAUGCUGUAAAGCAAUGUUUCUCUGAUUUUUUUUACUGUAGCUAAUGUUUCUCUGAAAUCGACGUUGCUGUAAACACACCGCUUCUUUGUCAAGUAGAUAGCUUUUAAGAUACACCAGAUUCAGUUUCGGAAAGUAUAUAUAUUUCUUUACACGCAUUAUAAUCAGACUUAAAAAUUCUUUGUAAAGACAUAUAGGUAAUGUUAUACAAAAUAUUACAGUAGGGGGCAUUUUAUGCUUGCAUUUGAAACGAAAGUUAUGUAAGUAUGGUUUAUUUUUUUUAUUCAAAAUGUUUGAUUAUAUUAUAAUAAUUUUUUAGCGAAAUCAACUGCCUAUUAAUGUUGUAUUACUGUGAAAUGUGUGUUAUUCUGCAGCUGUUAAGCGGAUAUGUACAUGAUAAAAUUGUUUCAGCCGAUUCAAUACAGGUCUUGCAUUUUAAUCCAAGAAAGUUUGGUUUGUUUAAAUAUGAGAACUUUUAUUAAUAGCUUUGUUUAGUCAAGGUUUUUUUUAAAAGCUUUUCUGAGAGCUUGAUGUAAAGCUUUUGUAAGAGCUUGAUCUAUACCUUUCCUGAGUGCUUGAUUUAAAGCUUUCCCAAGAGCUUGAUUAAAGCUAUUUUUAGAAGCUUGACUUGAAGCUUUUCUAAGAGAUUGAAUUAAAGCUUUUCUAAGAGAUUGAUGCCAGCAUGUACCAUAUCAUAAUUCUGUCCUGUUUUGGACUCAAUUAUAUAAAUAUUUUAAAUCAUUUACAUGUACAUCUAUAAACCAUUUACUGUGCCAUAAGUUAAGUAUCUUAUAACAAAUAUGAAAUAUGAUAAUGUUCUUUUUUUGUUAAGUUGUUUUUCAGAUCUAUAAAUAUUCAUAUUGUAUAACUCUGCUUUCAAAUGAAAGCUAGUAAUAUUUCAAAACCUUAUGGUGCAUUUGUGUACGUUUUUAAUGUUGAAUUUGAUAUUGUAAAUAUACUUGGACCAGAGAUCAUAAAAUGAAAAAGUUUUCUUUUCUUUAUCUAGAUUUUUUGUCUUUUGUAAACAUUAAUAUAACUUUAAGUGUUUUGUUAAGUGUGUGACUGUCUGUAUUUAAAAUACAAUCACUGAGAGUUUUGUGAUUUUUGUGUGUCCACACCAGGGACAAUGUCACCAAGUGACCGCUGUAGCCUGGGAGCUCUGUUUGUAUAUAGAUUAGCUUCUUAUAUAUGUGACCACGGAAUUAGAUUUGUUAUCUAAGUCCGUGAUGUGACUGAGGGCAGGUUGCCAAAGGCACCAUGUAACAUUGUUGAAGUUCAGAAAAUGUCAUAGAUAUAGACUUUGACAUCAUGUUGUACAACAUUUUGUAUAUACCAUUAAUAUUUUCACAACAGUCCAUGUUCCAUUAUUUAAAAAAUAUGGUUGUAAGAGUUACGUCCCUUUGCUUCAAGCACAGUUUUAUUGCGUGCAAUCAUGAUCAGUUGCUGUCCAAGACAACUGAUUUGUGUUCUUUUACAUUUUUUGUUCAUUUAAAUGAUUUGUCAAAAUUUGAAUUCUUAAUGUUAACAGCAUUUUAAUUGCAUAAUAUUAAUAUCAAAAUUAUUAUAUUCGAAAAUUGUAUAUUUUUACAUUUUCUUACAUAUAUAGCUUCUGUCUCAAAAAAUGCUUUCAAAUAUCACUCAAUAUCAGAUGCUUUUAUUCUCUAUUUAGCAUCUCAUCAAUUGCAUUUCUGUUUUCAUUGGCAAAGCAUUUUUUUUCUAAAUUUAGCUCUGUCUUGUGUCAUUCUUUGUGACAGCGCUUGUAACAUAGACCUUAAAGGGACGGUGUGAUAACAGAUUUUAAAUUGUUGUAUACAUUGAGUAUUGAAAAAUGUGAAAAUUUGCCCUCGUUUUAUGUGAAACAUAAAAUUCAACCUGAUAACCAGGCAGCACUUAUGUUUGAAAAUAUGAUGAAAAAAACACCCCAAAUGUUCAACUUUAACUUUGCAGUAUACAUUGUAAUCCUUCUGUGCCAUUCACCCCUGAAAUUUCAUAAUGGACUAUUCCAACCUUUGAAUUGGAAGAGUUCAAAUGUGUCUUCAGGGGUAAAUGAGUUAAACCUCUAAUAACUUUCUGAAUGAAAUUGUUUGAUUGGUAGAAAUUACGUUUAAAACAGAAUUACGGAACAUUUCAUUGCUAUGAAUGAUAUUUGGCCCAUUUCUCUCUAUUAUUAAAAACUAAUAAUUUUUCUAUUUUUUGUAGCAAAUUUUUUUCUAUUUAGAAAAAAAAAAUCUGAAUAUAUUUUUUAUGUAUUCAGAUUUUUUUUUUCUGCUUAUAAAUUAAUGCACUCAAUUUUUUCCAAUUUUGGAAUGAAAAUGGACCAUUAAAAUGAGGAAGAAAGUCCCUUGUAUUUUGUUGAUAGAGGGUAUACAAUGAAUCUGUUCCUUUUCCUAUUUUCCCUUAUCUGGAACAGGGAAAUUGCUUUGGUUUCGUGCUCUGCAUAUUCACCCAUUCAUCUUCAAUUUCCCUCAGUUGGUCUGUCCCUCAUGUUUCCAUUGUUUCAUUUGAGUAAUUUUUGAGAGUCAAAAUGGCUGCUUAAUUCAUUGCCACACACUGAAGGGUUCGAACUUCAUCUUCAGAUUCUAUUUAAGAAGAGGUGCUCAGAAUUGGCUUUUGCAGUAGAAAGGUCAAAGGUCAAGGUCAUUGUGUAGUCCAGUGAAUAUCCAAGGGUUUUUAAUGUGAUUAACUUAUAUUUCUGUAAACUUUAAUUAAACUUCAUUGUGAUGCAGUUUGCAGCACUUGUGAACACUAUCAGGAGCAUUGGCAGCUAGGUGUUAUAUUAAUUUUCAUAAGAGAAGUAUUUUUGUGGAUAUUUUGCUCUUUUAGGAAGAUUAAUUAACACCAUGUGUGAUAGUGUUGUCGAUGAAUAGUUAUACUAUAUAUUAUAACUAGCACACCCUAGUUAGUAACGGAAUUUAUAUUAAAGAUUUCAUAAUUCCUUCAACAAAUUUAUUAUAUUGUCUUCAUUCCUGGUGAUUGAAAAUAUGACAUAUGGUAAGUAUUAUGGCUUACGUGUCCAUGAUUUGGCGGUAUCAAAAUUGUACAGUAUCUGAAAUAGUUAUCAAAAUAGAAUUAUUUUCGAAGGUCGUACCUGAAAAUCGGGCUGGUGUCACAUUUUCACUUCAACAGAAGUAACAUAGUUAUUCAUGAGUGACAGUGCAUAAAACUUUGCUAUCUGUUCACAUAUAUUGAAUGUUUAAAACUGAUAGAACAAACAAAGCACCACCAAUCUCUACAUUUCUGUUCACAAGUAGUUUCCAAACUAGUAGAGCUAUGGCAUUAAAGCCAGUCUCCAUUCUUUUGUUCACAAGUGCUGCUUGUAUAUAUAAUGACAUUACACAAAAGCUUAAGGAUAUAUGCUACUUCACUGUGACACUUUCUCCUUUUCUGGGAGUGUUCUACAUUUUUUCAAGCAAGGGAGUUAACUAUCACAAAUUGCAGUUGUAUGCUUAGGUAGCAUGUAUCCUUAAACCAAUAUUUGAUUAUGAUUUUUUGGGGCAAUAACAUGUUCUGCUUAUUGCUUUCUUUGUUUGGGAAUACUGUGUAGGGGGAAAUUUAGUCGCAGUUAAAUUUUCGCCCUUUUUCACCCUUAGCAAUGACUGUGAAGUCAUGACGACAGAGUUCACAACCUACUACAAAUAGUAGUUACAUAAGAAUGGUUAAAUCAACACAGGCGAAUAUGGAUUUCACCUGUUAAGGGUGAAUAUUUGACUGGGCGAAGGGUUUCCCAAAAAGCAGUUAUUGUACGCCAGUCUUAUUUCUCUAUGUUGGCAAUAAGCAAAAGACCCUGCAAGUCUGAUUGUUGAUUCCAUGCAAUGGUUUUGUGAGCUGAUGUAAAACAUUGCUCUGUGAUUGUACUAUUUGUAUGUGUAUGUAUGUGCAUAUGUGUGGCCAGAUUGAGGUUUCAAGUGGAAGCUGUUGUUGAUGAGAAAAUCAAAAUCUACCGGAACUUAGUCGUCUGUCCUCUCCCACCCCGUAAUGUUUUAAUUGUUUUUGGGGUUGAUGAAAUGAUAUAGAUUUCCAAAGUGUAUGAAAAAAACAUAGUUUCAUGGGCAGGGAUAUUGCAGUAAAACAUUAACUCUACCCCAGGACUCCAGGUUUUGUUGAGGGGUACUAACUAUAGAAUAUGAGUCAUAAUUUACAUACGUUAGUAAUAGGCAGGAAAAUCAGCCAUAGAUUAAAUAUUAAAUGUUGGAGUCCUGGGGCCAGAUAGACAUUUUUCUGGAAUAGGCCUGAUUCCAAGUCCAAUUUUAAUGUUCUAACAAAGUAAAAAAUUUUUAUAAAAAACCCCAUUAAAGUGUAAGCUCAAUUUUAAACUCACAGUUGCCUCCCUUCCAUAAACAUUUACUGCAAAUUCUAAACAACAAAAAGUAAAAUCAUAGUGGAGUAAUAGUUGCAAAGAGAAAUGGUAAAAUAAUUGCAAACUCAAGGAUUUUUUUAAUCACUUUGUUCAUUUUGUUUAAUUUGUGAAUACUACUUCAAUUUAGCUUUUUAUCGAAAAUUCUGGUAACAAAAUGUUUUCUUAGCAUCUGCAAAAAAUGCAAAAACAAGUAUUUAGGUGAUAAAAGUAAAUAAUUUGUUUGGUUUAUUGGGGCUAUUGUUUGCAAGAUCUUACUUAAUGUAAUAAUACUAAAAAUCAUUUAUAGAAAGUGUUGUUAAAGAAAAAUAUUUGUUCAGUAAUUUUUUUGUUAAAUAGUGUUAAUUUAAAUUUAAAUUGUUUGGUUUAAUUAACUAUAAUCCAUAAAAAUAGGUGUUAUAAGUCUGGUUAUAGGUUGAAUGAAUUGUUCUGAAAAAUGGAAGACAAAUAGGUUUUUGAUUUUAAAGUUAAGGCUGCAAGUUUUUAGAAUGAGUCAAUUUUAAUUUUAGAAGGGAAUGUGAAUAGGUCAUGUUCAGUGAGGGUCGUGUACAAUGUUUGAGAUUUUUUUUUUUUUUAAUAUUAUACAGAGUUUAAGGGGUCAUGCUCACUAUUUUGUGGAUAAACACACUGCUUGAAAACUGCUCUGAGGGCCUUCUGCACUGCCAGAGGGUUAUUUUACACUGCCCGAGGGCCAUAUGUACACUCUGAGGGUCAUGUGCACUCUAUGAGGGACUGUUAAUGGAUAUGUAAACGUUAUGAUUGUCAUAUUCACUGUUUGAGGGCCAUGUUCACAGUCUGAUAAAUAUACAAACUGUCUUAGGGUUAAUAUUCUCUGUUUGAGAAUUAUGUACACUGUUUAAGGGCUAUGCACUGUCAGGUGGAUAAGUACACUGUCCAAGGGCUAUUAUAUAUAUGGUCACUGUAUAAUCUGUUGAAUUGGCGAAAAAAUACUUAUGAUAAUACCUUUCCAUUAAGUUUGAACUUAAAUGAUCAAUAAGAAAUGAAGAAGGUCACAAAGAGUCAUCAAUGAUUGAAAUAGGAAAGUGUAAGUAAUGGAGGUCUCUUUUGUACCUCAGCUUACUAGCCCAGUACUCUAUGAACCAGCUUAAGGGAAUCUCCCUUUUGUUGUUUGAGUGGGUAACUUAUUACUAGGCAGCCCACCAUUGUGUCAGACUCCCCUCCAUGUAAAGAACGUGUCUUUAGGUUUUUGCUAUGGUGCACCCAUGCUUGUGAAUAUAUAAUACUAAGAAGAACAUAAUUGUAUGCAGGUCCAGACGUAUAAGGUACCAAUGUAACAGUGGUGCCUCCAAUAGGACUCAAAACUUGGACUACAGUUUAUAGAGUUCUAGUGUUCUAAAGUUUCAGCUGAAGGGGGCUCCCUAGGCCUCUUGCUGAGUGUGCAGCAUGCAACUAGCUUGUUCACCACUGUGACAUUUACGACAAUGUAUCUUCAAAAGAAAACGUAUUAUUGUCAUGAAUAGUUUGUAUUGUCUUGUGAAAGAAAAGCAAAAUGAAAGAGUGUGAAAUGGAUUUGAUUAAACUUUUUUCAUAGGGUAGCUAUAUACUAUGACUCACUGUGAAAUGUAACUUGUAAGGUUUGCCGAUUUGCAAGAAUGUAAGGGGCCCUUAUUGUAUGUUUUUUUGCAUUGUUGUAAGGGGUUUGUAUUUUAAAAUUAAGCAUUUGUAUUCCUUCUGCACGCACCACUGUACUGAUGCCAUAUAUUAGGUCCAUAGAUUGAGAGAAGAACGAAAUAAAAGGACAUAGUCUGCUGCUUUAGUAUUCCCGAUAAAAAAUAGUUGAUACUACAUUUAUAGAGGUUCUCAAACAAGUUCUCGGUUCAUUUGUAUUUUUUUGUAAAUUCAAAUGGAUUUGGAACCAGUGUGCUAUUCCUGUUUCUUGGUAUGGUCUAUCUAACUAUCUAAAAUUACACUUUUGUCAAAAGUUGCUUAGAGCAAAGAAAGAGAAAUACCGUCAAUUAUUUAUCCGUGACGUCCUCCUAUUGUUACUUGUGACGUCAUAAGUGUCAUUACAAAGAUAUGAUAUAAAUAAAUGUUAUGGUGGUUUCUACAUUGCAUACUAGACGGAUAUCGCAGUAAAUUGAGUAAAACCGUGUUGAUCUCAUCUUUCCAAUAACUGGUAAAUUUACUUUUAAGACAUGUAUACUUAGGAUAUGAACUACCGUAUUACUUUUAAAAAAAUCAGACACACAAUCCGGACACAUAUGGCAACCAGACCCUCAAACAGGGCCUGGUUUGACAUGAAAGCGUUCUCAUGCACAAGUAAUGAUUCAAUUCUCAAGCCAACUUUCUUGUAACUUACUUAAAUCAUGUAACACAGUCAAAAAGUGAAGUUCAACAUUGAAAACGGUAUUCGGUUUUACGCGUCUCCAAAGUUCUUCCAAAUAUUUAUUUUUAAUCGGUCCAAAAUUGGUCUUGAAAAUAAUUCUGAGUUUGAACAUGAGACAGUUUUAUAAGUAUAGAUCUAGAUCCUAUUGAAUACCUAAGGAAGGAACUUGUGAGAUCAGAAAACUGCCGUAUAUCUAUAGAAAUAUUAGACCAUAUGGUGAUUAUUUUUGACUGGUUAAUAGUACCUAUUUCAAGUGAUAACGACCGUUUUAUUAACGUUAAAUAUAUCAUUUUCUUCCCGAAGCCAAAGUUCUGAAAAGUUAUAUUUAUAUAACAAAAGAUGGAAGUAAUAUUUUAUGAUUCAGUAGAUACUUUUUUAACAUUUGUGACAUAAAAAUCAGUUUGUCAUAAAUAACGUGUAAUGGGGUUUUUGUUCUCUACAUAUUUCAACUGCACCUGUUAGUGAGACAAGUAGUAAAUAUCCCAUGUACAACUUUUGUAACUGACAUAUCUCCAUCCUGCUGGAGUGUGGUCAUUGUGAUGACGUCACAUUGAAAACAGUUGAAUGACAUCACAAAACAAAACCAGAUGAUACCAAUAUCGUUUUUCUCACAGAUUAUACAUGUGAUAAAGCUGUUGAAUAUCUAGCUCUUGUCCGUACUUGUGAGACAAUAGUUUCAUAUCCCUUUCCAAUACAGAGAACAAAACCAUUACAAGCCAAGAAUUUUGCUAACUAAAGCUUUCACAUCAUGUGAGAAUUGUUUUGUCUAAGUCAGUCCCUUUUAGACGAUUUUGUCUUAUCCAACAUUAAUCCUAUUCUAUGUUAAUUUCAUACUUGCUUGGGAAAAAAGCAGACUAUUUCUUACAAUUUGGAUUACAGUAUUUCUUUUUAUUCUUGUUCAGAAGGAAAGUUAGAUUUCUAUAAAAAAAAUUUUUAAAUCUUCCAGAAAUAUGAAGAUGAUCAAUUUCUUGAUAAAGUACUGAUCUAUUUCGUCGCGCUUAAACCAAGAUUAUUGUUUAUUUGAAAAGCUUUAUAUAUGCAAUGGUUGAUGAACCUAGACAAAACGUAUCAAGAGAAAUUUUAAAAUUACAAAAUUCGGUUGUUUUUUUCUGAGCAAAUUGCCAAAGCAUGCUUUGUUUCAUGUUAUUUUAAUCUGAUGUAGAUAAUUUCGAAAUCUGAUUUUAUAUUUUCCAACUCCAAUUUUUAAUAUGUAUGUAAUAGAGUUAAGUUUGUGGUAAUAAUUUACUUAAUUAAUGCCGUGUUACAAAUCAGACCGCUGUCAGCAAUUGUAAGCUUAAAUUGUUUUGGUUAAAUAAAUGUUAAGGGCAAAACAAUCGAAUUGCAAAGUCAUGAAAUAUAUGAUGUUAGUUACGAGAUUUAAUGUCUUCGUUCUGUGAUGAUUGUUUUGGAUCACCGAAUUAAUAUGUCUAUAUAUUUUCUUUUUUAUAAUUAGAGAAAAACAAAUGAUGUAAUUCAAAAUUCACCUUCAAAUUGCAUGAAGCUGAUUAACAUUGAAACGACCAAGUCCUGAUCGUUUACUGUACGUUUUGAUAGGGAGUUCUUAGAGUUGUACAAGUUCAACAGAACUUAAAUAUAAUGUUGAUUUUGGGCCCAGUCAUUCAAAAUGUUAUCUCAAAAUUAUUUUUUUGUGGAAUAAGUAGAUUUUGUAACAAGAAUUCAUAUUAGAUCAAGUUUGGAAGAAGGAAUCAUUUGAAACUGUAGAACAAGUCGAUUUAUUUCGGCAAACGAAUUUUCAGAGGAAAGAUUUAAAGAAAAAGAUGAGUAUGAAACUGUGAAACGGUUUGAUUUCCGCAAACGAUUUGUGAAAGUCAAUAUCAAAGAACAACAAAUUGGUUGCAACAUGUUUGUGAAACGAAUCAAUUUAUUUCGGCAAAACAAAGCUUGAAAGGUAAGAUUUAAGAGAAAAAGCUGAGUCUGAAUCUGUUCAACAAGUUGUUUGCUUUAAGCAAACAAAUGUAUUGUGACGUAAGAUUGCUUUAAGCAAACAAACGUAUUGUGACGUAAGAAAGUGAUAAGUCUGAAACUGAUUGUGAAACAAUUCGACUUAUUUCAGCACACGAAUCUUGAAAUAUGAGAUGUAAAAGAAAGAAAUGUGUCGUGUCGUGUAACGCACCGAAUGUUGAGUAAGUGGUCCCAUCCACCUUGUAUAUUGUGUAUAUUAGUUGUUGGUAUCUGCCUGAUACGGUCGUAAACAUGUGUUCGUCCUUUCCCUCUACGGGGCUAAUUUUGUUGUAAGUACAUCAAAUGUAUGGAGAUUUGUAUCACUAAACUGCCAACAGAGCAUAAUUAGAAAAAAAAACUCUCAAAGAGGAA